UUUUUUCCUUCAAAUUAUUGGUCCCCCGAAGCGCAGUCGCGCUCCCCGGAUUGGUCGACGUACCACUCCCUGGAGUCUCCGUCCAUGAGCCCCCUCCUUCCUCCCUCUGCUUGGGAUGCAAGCUCAUCUUGAUUAAGCACCAACAAAGGGGCGAUAGAGACCAUCAGCUCCUACCCCAGCGACGCUCUCUGCAGUUAGCUCUGCUGUCUUUCUCAAAUAGACCAUGGCCCUGAGAGCAUGUGGCUUGAUCAUCUUCCGAAGACGCCUCAUUCCCAAGGUAGACAACGCUUCAAUUGAGUUUCUACUGCUGCAGGCAUCAGAUGGCAUUCAUCACUGGACUCCUCCUAAAGGCCAUGUGGAACCCGGAGAAAAUGAAUUGGAAACAGCUCUGCGGGAGACUCAGGAGGAAGCAGGCCUAAAAGCAAGCCAGCUGACCAUCAUUGAGGGGUUCAGAAGGGAGCUCAAUUAUGUGGCCAGGAAGAAGCCUAAAACAGUCAUCUACUGGCUGGCAGAGGUGAAGGACUAUGACGUAGAGAUCCGCCUCUCCCACGAGCACCAAGCUUACCGCUGGCUGGGGCUGGAGGAGGCCUGCCAGUUGGCUCAAUUCAAGGAUAUGGAGGCAUUACUCCAAGAAGGACACCAGUUUCUCUGCUCCACAGCGGCCUGAGCUGAAACACAGUCAUUUGCCUCAGUAGGAUCCUUGAGGGCCUUUCUGAGAUGAACCCACCUUCAGCUCCAAGGAAGGUUGUGCUGGUCUUUGGCUCAUCAUAGCAAAGAACAGAUAGGUUAGUAAAUCAGCCUUGCACACUCAGAGGCGAGCAGGCAAAAAUCUGAGCUGGGUAGAAAGGAAGGUAAAGGAGGAGUUUUAAAAAAAGUGCAUCCUUGUACAAAAUAAACCUUAAGCAACCUAUCUGUCCUUUAA